CUCGUGUUGCGCAAUAAGCAAGCGCGAGGACUUUUUUUAUGUAUAAUUUCUACUGGGUUUUUUACCGGUAUUGCCAUAUUGCCAAUUAUAGCAAAAGGGAAGAGUUGUAAUGAUAUGGACUUUUUAGAUUAUAAGUAAGACCUAGUUGGUAUUGUCGGCAUUUAGUGCAAUUAUCUUCUAUUAAAGUGGAAAGUGGAAAUUGAUUUUACAGACUACAGAUAUGUCUGAGGAAAGUAGUUCAUUUAUUUACACAUCUGAGAAGAGUGGAAAUGAUGAGACAGGUGAUGGAACGGAACAGUCACCUUUUAAAACAAUAUUACAAGCUAUGCGAAAAGCAGGAUCAGAACCUUUUCCACCCAUAUAUGUUGAUGGUAAAGAACAACGCUAUGAGCUUGUUGCAAAAUCACAAUUGAAGAAAAUUCAAAAGAUUUGGGUUAGAGAAAAUUAUAAACAAGCAGAAAAGAAUAAGAAAGAACAGGAAGAUGCUGAAAAAAGAGAAAAGAAUUUAGAUGAGGCUAAACAGAUAAUUAUAGAAGAAGACAAGUCAUUACCUGAAGCUGCAAGAAUCAAAAUUGCAAAGGCCAAAGGAUAUAGAGAAAAAAGAGUAAAAAUUUAUGGUUGGGCACACAGGAUUCGAAGACAAGGGAAAAAUCUUAUGUUUAUUACUUUAAGAGAUGGUACUGGAUUUCUGCAAGCAAUAUUGACUGAUAAACUAUGCCAAACAUAUAAUGCUAUAACGUUACAAACUGAGUCAUCUGUUUUGUUAUACGGUACUCUUAAGGCUGUUCCUGAAGGCAAAACGGCUCCUGGUGGUCAUGAACUUAUUGUUGAUUAUUGGGAAUUGAUUGGGUUAGCUCCUGCAGGGGGAGCUGAUGCAGUUCUGAAUGAACAAGCAUUACCAGAUGUGCAAGCAGAAAACAGGCACAUUAUGAUUAGAGGAGAGAAUACUUCAAAAGUUCUUAGAAUGAGAUCAGUUCUUUUGCAAGCUUUCAGAGAUCAUUACUUGGAUAGAGGGUAUUGUGAAGUAACUCCACCUUCUAUUGUGCAAACUCAGGUUGAAGGAGGAUCGACACUAUUUAAAUUAGAUUAUUUUGGUGAAGAAGCAUAUUUAACCCAAAGUUCACAACUUUAUUUAGAAACUUGUUUGCCAUCAAUGGGUGAUGUCUAUUGUAUAGCAGAAAGUUUUAGAGCUGAGCAAAGCAGAACAAGAAGACAUUUAGCCGAAUACACACAUGUUGAAGCUGAGUGUCCCUUUAUAUCAUUUGACGAUCUCUUAGAUCGACUGGAAGAUCUUAUUUGUGAUGUAGUAGACAGAGUUUUAAAAUCGCCCUAUGGAGAUAUUGUGUACGAAUUGAACCCAAACUUCCAAGUUCCGACUAGACCUUUUUUGAGAAUGAACUACUCUGAGGCUAUUGAAUAUUUGAAAAAGAACAAUAUUACAAAAGAAGACGGAAGUUUUUAUGAGUUCGGAGAGGACAUCCCAGAAAUGCCUGAAAGGAAAAUGACCGACCAGAUAAACAAACCCAUCAUGCUUUGUAGAUUCCCAGCAAAUAUAAAGUCCUUCUAUAUGAGCAAGUGUCCUGAGGACUCUAAAUUAACUGAGAGUGUUGAUGUUUUACUUCCAAAUGUAGGGGAGAUUGUUGGAGGCUCUAUGAGGAUAUGGGAUCCCCAGGAAUUACUGGAAGGGUAUAAAAGGGAGGGUAUAGAUCCAACCCCUUAUUUCUGGUAUACUGAUCAAAGAAAAUAUGGUACUUGCCCACAUGGUGGAUAUGGUUUAGGUCUGGAAAGAUUUGUGUGUUGGCUUUUGAACAGGUAUCAUAUUAGAGAAGUGUGUCUCUAUCCUAGAUAUCUGCAUCAUUGCAAACCCUAAAAUUUGAAAUUUUGGGUAUACGCGCAUUUAAAUAAUAUUUAUUAUUGGAGAAUAAACUUUCAUUUUUGCAUUAAGUUUUUGUAACAAUUUAAACCAGUACUAGCAGUUAAUGGGAAGCUUUAAAAUAAAAUUUAUUCGUAUUUUA